AUGGCCAUCCAGCAGGAGCCGUUGGAGGGCAGACGACCGUCCACCCUUGCCAGAUGGCCGUCCGGAGGUUGCCGUUGGGGGCAGACGGCCGUCCACCAUUGCCAGACGGCUAUGCGAUUAAUGAUGGAAUCCGUUGUUGAUCUUAACAAAAAGGAACAUACAUUGAGAAAAGAAAAGGAGCUUUUGGAGAAACAGAUUAAGGCAAUGGGAAAUGCUAAUGAUGUCAGCAACAAGGUGACACUGAAUGUGGAGUGUGAUAACACAGAUGAGCUAGGAGGCAGGCAUGACACUGGAGCUAAC